AAUGUUGGUUGUCCUGCAAGUCGGAUAAGAAGUGGUGUUCUAGUGAAAAAUGAGUGAAUAACGGAGAUAUGCGAAAAAAUUUAAACGACACAGAGAAUAUUAACAUGACCAUUGUGCAAGAAUGACGACACACGACACAGAGAAUAUUAACAUGACCAUUGUGCAAGGAUGACAUGCACAAAUCGAAAAAUUAUGUUAGAGCUAGACCUUGCAGAGGAGUUGAGCCCUUAAAAGGUGAAUGAGCCCUUAAAAGGUGAAUUGUGAGAUCUCAGUUGGAAACUGGAAUGAAAAUUUAUGAAAAUUUAUGUUAGAGCUAGACUUUGCUUAGUGGGUCAGAGGAGUUGGGCCCUUAAAAGGUGGAUGGUGAGAUAAGGUGGAUGGUGAGAUCUCAGUUGGAAACGGGAAUGAAAAUUUAUGUUAGAGCUAGACCUUGCUCAGUGGGCCAGAGGAGUUGGGCCCUUAAAAGGUGGAUUGUGAGAUCUCACGUAAGGUGGGGUGUGGAACCGUUUUCCAGGCCUUUAAAAGGUGGAUUGUGAGAUCUCACGUCAGGUGGGGUGUGGAACCGUUUCCCUAGCAGACGCAUUUUAUUAAAAUUAUGAGGUUAACGAGGAGGAUAGGUAAGAUACCUAAUAGACUAGUUUUAAAAAUAAACUAAUUUAAGCAAAGGAAAAAAAUUUGAAGACAAAUAAUUUAUUGUCUCCGUUGAUUUGAAGGGCGAAUGAGGUGAGUAUAAGAAUUUUGUUGGGGUUGUUUAUCAACUUAGCUUUCUCUCUUUCCAUUUUGAACUUCCCAAAAGCCGCCUCCUGAAGAAGCUGUGAAUUGCCCACACCAAGCCUCCUCAAGCUCUCAAAGCCCGCCUCCUCAAGCUCUCAAAGCCCGCCUCCUCAAGCUCAGCUCUCAAAACCCGCCUCCCACACCACUUUCAGUACAAUCCCCAAUCCCUUGCUGUUUUCUUCUUGUUUAUGUGCACCCACAAACUUACAAAUCAUACACUGGCAUUGGGAUAUAAACAUGGCCUUCCCUUCUGAAUUGAGAUUAUGCAGCAGGUGAAUUGAAAACAUCAAACAAAUAAUCUACAAAGUUCCAUUAGUGGAGACUGGAGCAUGGUCAUGGAAGGCCAUGGCGAUCAUAUGAAGCUGAAGCCAUCAGUUAUUCUAACUGGAACAGCCAAGGAAGGUAGUUCUGGCCCUCCGAUUGGUCUUGUCGAUAUUGGCGUGAGUGAAGGUGCAUACCUUUUCCGCGUUGCAUUGCCUGGUGUACGGAAGGAUCGAAGUAAGGUAAAGUUUGAGAUCAAAAGCGAUGGUAGGGUUCACAUUGAAGGAGUGAUGACAGGUCCAGGCCUUUUGAAGGAUUCAUCAGCUAUGUAUCAGAUGAAAGUGCAGCAACUGUGUCCUCCUGGAUCUUUUACGGUUUCUUUUAAACUGCCCGGACCAGUAGAUCCACGGUUGUCGUCUCCUAGUUUUCGGCCCGAUGGCAUUCUGGAAGUAGUGGUUAUGAAGUCCAGAGCACCUCCAACAGUGGCUGAUUCCCAUCCUCCGCCGUGAGUAUGAUGGAGGUAGGUACAUGGUUUUGCUGUCUCCUUAUGUUAGUUUUCUAUGAAGAAAAAGGGUCACUUUACAACGUAGUUUAGCUCAUUAACUUGUUGGUUUUGGAGUUUGAAACAUUCUAGGUGGACUAGUUUUGUACCCCUAGAAACCGAAACCCUUUUCUCUUGGUCUUAAACACGUCUCGUUGGUCUAUUAACCCGCUCGAAACUAGUCCAUCUAGGAUGUGUUGUCGACUAUAUAAUCUCUAAUCAAAGCCGUUAUCAUUUCAUAUCAAGUAA